AUGUCGAGCCGUCUGCUGGAGGUCUGUGUAGUGGUGGGAGCAUCCCCUAAGAAACUGUGGGAGGUCUGCCAGGCUGUUGACAGCCAUGGAAGUCUGGAGAACAUCCUUUUGGAGCCAGAGGUCCUGCACGUGCUAGCACCCCCUUUUGUCAGCAGACCACAAGCAGUGAGGUCUCAUUGGAGGAGGCACCACUCCUUCGUGAGGAAGAAGAGGAAGCGACGUCCUUCAGCUGCCACAGCACCCAUACAAGACCAUUUUUCAGGUGGAGAUGCAGCGAAUGGAAGAGGAGGAAGUGAAGACAUCACAGUUCCCAAAGACAUUGACCUCAUGGCUUUGCCUCAACUCUGCUUUCCUGGUGGCCUCCAAGUGACCAAUGUAAAGAGAGAGGAUCAGUUCCACUUCCUGGUCUUCACCGACGUCUUUGGCAACAAGUCCCACGGAGUGGUGAUGCAGUGUAAUCGUCCCGUCCAGGACUGGAUGUCCUCCUGUGAAAAUGGAGGAAAGUCCAAGCUGUUUUCCGCUUAUGGUCUCUGUGUGAUAUCCAAGUAUCCAUACUUCACUGCGCUGAAAGACUGUCUGUCAUGUCUUCUAAUCAAGCUCAGAACUUGUCGUUUUUCGGAUGUUGAGGAGAAAGUAAAGGACUUUGCAGCCAAAUUGGCGCUAGUACCUAUCCCACCUCCUGGACAACUCCACUUGAUGUUUACCUUACAUCAUCUGACAAUUGAAUUACCAUCCAGAGAAGACAAAGACCACCCAGCUGUAGAUUUAGACCUUCACCUACCUUUCCUCUGCUUCCGUCCACAACCUCUUCUGCAGGUGUUGUCUUGUCUCCUCCAAGAGCAAAGGGUAGUGCUCUUUUCUGCCGACUGGGCCCGGCUGACACUGGUGGCAGAGGGCUUGCUGCUUUUUCUGCAGCCUCUAUCAUGGCAGCAACCUUACGUUCCAGUUCUGGCCAAAGGAAUGCUGGACUUCCUCAUGGCACCCACCGCCUUCCUCAUGGGCUGCCAUCUCUGCCACUUUAAAGAAGUUGCGGCUGAAACAAAUGACCUGAUCCUCAUCAACAUUGAUAAUGGAAGUGUGUCUACUUCCUGUUCGGAUACUGAUGACCUGCCAAGGAUCCCCUCACUUGCAGCAGACUGCUUCACACAGAGAUAUCAGUCCUUGCAGGUCCACUUUGACUUGGACCAGUGUCUGCGUGUAAGUUGCAGCGACAUCAAUGAUCAGCGCGCACAGAGACGAGUGUGGCAGCGCAAUCUGAACCACCGCAUCCAGGGCAUCAUGACUGAACUUAUUGUCAACAUAUUCAGGGAUGUUAGCAGUCACUUGAACUAUGAACACAGAGUGUUUAACAGUGAAGAGUUCCUGAAAAGCAGAGAGCCAGCAGAACAGCUUUUCUACAAGAAUGUUUUGGAGACACACAUCUUCCAUCGGUUCCUCAGGGACCGCCUCAACAAAAAGAUGGAUAAUUUUGCACGACUGGAACUCAGCACUCGGAUUAAAGUUACAGUGGAAGUUCCACGCAGACCCACCAUGCAGGAGAUUCAAGCCCGCCGAACGAGCUCCCUCCUUGAAAACAGGCUGAUUAAUGGACAAAGAAUGAGCCUUUCCAACCUGGUAGAUGAUCAAACCCUCAACUUCCAAAGAAUCAUCAUGUUUGAUCCUGCACAGAGGAUGCCUCCCAAGCCUGUGAAGGUAUUCCAGCUCCCAGAAUUCCCAGAGACUCUGUCCUUCCAUGCCGUCCAAAGCUAUUACUGUGAGCUGAUACAGCUUCUCGGCAAGGCUAUCAACUCUGUCCAAACUGACAACUCCAGUUUGCUUGCCAGAUACUUCUACCUGCGGGGUUUCAUCAAUCUGCUGUGCUCGCGGCGUCUCGAUGCUCUGGCCGAUUUCCAGACGCUCCACAAGACGGACACGGCCAUCUUCCCCACACAGCUGGUCACACGGCUGGUGGACUCGCUCAUGCAGGAAGAACAGCAGCAAGCCAAAAGACGGCCCGAGCUCAAAAGACUUAUCCUCAAGGUGAAGACAGAAAACGAAAAGCCAUCAGUGCAGCUUGAUGACGACAUCAAGAAGUUUGAGCUGCCCAGGAAAAAUCUGGAUCGAGAGGAGUUUGUGCGUUGCAUCCAAGAAGGGGGAAUAGUUAAAGAUGUGGCAACCAUACACCGUUUGUUUGACGCUUUCACUGUGGGCAAGUCCAAACAAGUGAACCCAGAGCUCUUCAAGAGUUUCUACACCUUCUGGAAGGAAACAGAGACUGAGGCUCAAGACGUCAACCUCCCCACCGAGAUCAUCGACCACCUGGAUCACAGCGAGUGUGUCUACAAGUUGUCGUCCUGUGUCAAGACCUCUCACGGCGUGGGUAAAAUCGGCAUGACCCAGAAGCGUCUCUUCUUGCUUCCUGAGAGGCAGCCGGGCUUCUUGGAGAUCACAAUGUUUAGAGACCUGCAGGAAGUGAAGAUCGUGUCCGCUCCUUUUCUCCUGGUUCGGAUUCCUUCUCUCCGUAUCAGAACUUCAGGCAGGCUUGAGGCGUUCGAGGCCAACCUGAAGACAGAAACUGAACUUUGGGACCUUAUGGUCAAAGAGAUGUGGGCCGGACGCAAAAUGGCCGAUCAACACAAGGACCCUCAAUACAUGACUCAGGCUCUGACCAAUGUGCUGCUGAUGGAUGCUGUGGUGGGCUGUCUGCAGACCCAAAGGUCCACCUGUGCUGCCUCAAAGCUUGCCUAUUUUGACAAAAUCAAACAUGAAGUGCCCAUGAUGGUGCCUAAAAGUACCUCAGAGACCUUAAAACACAAAAUCAACCCAUCGUUGGACUUGGCAGAACCACAGACAGUUCAUGUGUUGCUGUACACUCCAGGUCAGUUGACAUGCAAUGACUCCAAGGAUGAGAUUAAUCCUAAACUGUGGGUGGCCCUCAGUGGGGGCAGACUGGUCGUAUUCGACGCCGCCAGCUGGUCCAUGCUGCAGGAUUCCAUCCAGGUCGGCGAGUCACAGCUGAACUGCAUGCUGGGAUUAGUCCAUGAGCAGGUGUGGAUUGGCUCCCAGGACUCUGUCAUCUACAUCAUAGACCCUCACAGCCUCACCUGCAACAAGCAGCUGACGGAGCACAGAUAUGAGGUGACGGGACUCACGCUGGAUGCCGGAGAUCAACAAAGCAGUCUGCAGACGUACUCGUGCAGCCGUGACGGAACAAUUCUACAGUGGGACUCGUCCAGCCUAAAAGUGAAGCGACAGUUUCAGCUCAGCUGUGAGCGUCUCUCCUCCAUUCACAUUCACGGCGAUGCACUGUGGUGCUGCUGCGGUGACAGCAUAGUGGAGCUGAGAAGAAGCGGGACGCCGCAAAGAAGGUUGUUGCUGCCUGAACACCUAAGAAGUUCAUCAAGUCACUUCAGCAGCUUUAUUGUCAUCCCAGAGCAAGGUCAGCUCUGGACAGGCUUGGCCGACUCAGGUGAUCUCUAUUUGUGGCACACAGACGGCCACGAGCCUUCUUUGGAGAAGAUCUCCCUGACAGGCUGCUCAGGGAUCACCUGCAUGAUCCGAGUCAAGGACCAGAUCUGGGUAGGCUGCCAUGGAAGAAGCAGCGUCGGGGGUCACUGUGGUUCCCAGCUUAGGGGUCAGCUGGUGGUGGUGCACCCACAGAGUCACACGGUGUCCAAGGAGCUGCAGGCACAUUCCGACAGCAUCCAGACGCUCUGCUCCGCCGAAGAUCGCUACGUGCUCAGCGGCUCCGCGCAACGUGACGGGAAGAUUGCCGUCUGGAAAGUAGAAUAGAAGACAGAAAGGAGAAGACAGGGGAGGGAGUUGAUUUGUUUAAAUAUGCUUUCCAUGAACUUUGAAUAUCACACAUAGAAAAAAGAUGGGAGCAAAAAAAGAUGAAUGCGUUGUUUUAAACCAGAAUCAUUUUUAAUUCCAUAAGUUGCCCCGGAAAUGUGCACUUCUCUACAUUUAAAUUGUCUUGGUCUAAAUAUUUUUCACUAACUUUUGUUGUGCCAAAGUAUGUUUAAAAUUAUAGUUAAAAAACAGCAUUCUUUAGUUUUAAAGUUUUAUUUAUUUACAACAUUUUACAUAAAAUAUUAUUAUUUGAUAACAAAAAGGCCUUAAAGCUGGUAGCUAAUGUAUUGAAGUAUUUAUACAUAAACUAACAAUGCUAAAUGAUUACACUGUAUAAGUUAAAAACAUAUCUUCCGCCCGAUUGUAGCUGAGAUAGGCUCCAGCGCCCCCCGCGACCCCAAAAAAGGGAACAAGCGGUAGAAAAUGGAUGGAUGGAUUUUAGGGGUGGGGGAAAAAAUCGAUUCGAUUUCGAAUCGCGAUUCUGACGUUGUGCGAUUCAGAAUCGAUUCUCAUUUUUAAAAAAUCCUUUUUUUUUUUUAAUUAAUUUUUUUUUCUUUUUUUUUUUAAAAUUUUUUUUUUUUCUUUUUUUAUUAAUCAAUCCAACAAAACAAUACACAGCAAUACCAUAACAAUAAAAUCCCUCAUUGACAUUAUCAUUAGACAUUAAAAUAAAAAAGAACAAUAGUGUCACAGUGGCUUACACUUGCAUCGCAUCUCGUAAACUU